CUAAAGCCACGAAGUGCCAAAAUCGGCCCUGUGAUUAUGAGUAAAUUGAAGUCUCCCAUAUUGCAAAAUCUAUCAUAAUAUUAAAAAGCUUGGACCUUCUUUCUUAAAAAUCCGUAACAUUUUUUCCGCGAAAACUCAUGCAGAUAUAUAUUAUAAGAAGCUAAACCGGUAUCGGUCACCAGUUUUUUGCAAAUUUUGCUACAUGUCACCUAUUUGGAUAAAAUUUUUUAUAUCGCCCCACGCCUCGAUCUAAAAAGUAUUGAAAAAAUAAAAAUUAACAAUAAAAUUGUGUCAAAAAAAUCUUGAUAUUUUUUGGAUCGAGGCUUGGGGGUUAUUUGCAUUUUUAACUUACACUUUCUGCAAAUAACCGGAAUUUUUCAUUCCAUGCAAGUGGAUUUUUGGUAUAUGUCAUCAAAACGCCGAAUAAAACAGAAAAAAAAAUUAAAAAGAGACUACAUGGUAUCUUAUUGUUCAUUUUUAAUGUCUUUUUGAAUAAAGAUUUUUUUUUUUAAAUCGUAUCGUAUGCUCAAUAUUUCAUGACUACGGAGCGGAUCCGUAACACGAAAGUUCCGUAUUGUUACUCUUGAGAAUAAAAUAGAAGAUGAAGAUUGUCUACGAUCACAAACCAUGACAAACUGAAGAAAAAUAAAAACAUGCAAGAAUGGAGCUAGUUGAUGGCAGAAAUAGAUUUCCGUGUGUUCUAUGUAAGAAAAGAACUAAGCCAAAUGACAGGAAGAAAUGUGAAAGCGUUGAAAUAAGACGAUUUCUGAGGAAAACGUUCAUGGUGGAUGCUAGACCAGUGGAUGUGUUAUGUAAUAAAUGCAGACACCAGUACUACAGAAACAAACAAGUAAAAGAAAAACCUAUUAAUGCAAAACUUGACACUGAACUUCCAGGAAACUCAUUAUGUCUAAGUCCACCAUCUGUUACCCUGCCUCUUCAUAGGACUGUUUCUUCCCAUUCAUACUGCUUCAUUUGCAAGAGACCCGGGCCGAAGCUCAUCGUUGUGCCGAUAUCAGCAAGACUCUCAGCAUUCAUCCACAAGGAAGUGAUUAUCCCAUCUGGCAGCAGGUGCUGUCCCUCACAUAUUGCUAAUGAUGAUUUUAUCACAGGAUCACUGAAUAAUUUAAAGACUAUAGAUACAUCAUGUUUGAACAGACGUACAAUAGUAGACCUAAUCACAAGGAUACGGAGUUAUGCAAUUCAGAAUUGCUCAUCCAAAUUCACGUUUGAUCCGUCAUACCUUAACAACCUGGAUUACAUCACUCUAACUGGAAUAUCCAAAGACCACUUUGCAGAUCUGCAUCAGGAGAUAGAAACAGAAAUAAAAAAUACACCUAGCAGAACAUCAACAAUGUCUCUAGGAAUAUUCCUUCUCAAAAUGCGAUCUGGAAUGUCGAACCAGUUAAUGUCAACAAUAUUUGGUAUUUCAAAGUCGUCAGUAAGAAGAGCUAUUUCAACUGUCAGGACUGCACUUAUGAAUAAGUUUGUUCCAGAAAACGUAGGAUUACACCAUAUAUCUCGCCAAGAAGUGAUAGCGAACCACACAAGACCACUGGCCCAAUCUCUCUUUGGAAAUAUGACACAAAGUCAAGCCAUCGCAGUCCUUGAUGGGACUUAUAUAUACAUCCAGAAAAGCAACCAUUUCCAAUUCCAAAGAAGGACAUACAGCAUCCAUAAAGGCCGCCCUUUGGUUAAGCCAAUGGUUGUUGUUUCAACGGAUGGAUAUUUCCUGACAGUAGUUGGUCCCUAUCUUGCUGACAGUCGAAACAACGAUGCAUCCAUCCUGAAUCAUAUGUUGAAAUCAAAUAUAGAAGACAUCAAGAACUGGUUUGAAGAUGACGAUAUAUUUAUCGUGGACAGGGGAUUUCGGGAUGCCCUUGGAGUCCUUGAGGAGUUUGGUAUAAAAGCAUACAUGCCUCAUCUUCUUGCCAAAGGGGAACGGCAAAUGCCCACACCUGAUGCAAAUGCCAGUCGUUUGGUUACCAAGAUUCGCUGGGUUGUGGAGGCUGCCAAUUCCAGGAUUAAACGUUGGAAAUAUCUUGCACAUACCCUCCCAACAAAUCAGGUGCCAUUCAUAGGGGACUAUGUGCGAAUUGUAUGUGCGAUUUCCAAUAAGUAUUUACCACCCCUCUCUACAGGAAAUGCAGAUGACGAUGAAGCUCUUGCAGCCAAGAUGCAAUACCUGUCAAAGCAAGUCAACAGUUUAAAGGCAUUUGUGGAAGAACAUGCACUUGACAAGAGGUCAUCCUGCUGGGAAGUUUCAUCCGAUUCUUUGAAUUUCCCCAAGCUAGACGAAGAAGAAAUUAGAAAUUUAACUUGUGGAGUAUACCAAGUAAGGCUUUGUCCAAGUUAUAUUCAAGAAUACAUGGAAGGAGAGUCUGACAUCUUGGUCCAUAAAGAACACCCCGGCUUAAUUAGAGUUAAGUUGCAGAGUAGGCAUAUUUCAUCAAAGAAGUAUAUGCUCUGGAUCCAAUACACAGAAUCAGCUGUCACUGCCUGGUAUUGUAAAUGCCGUGCGGGUGCACGUGUGGUAGGUGUCUGCUCGCACAUUGCAUCUGUUGUGUGGUACUUGGGAUUUGCAAAGCACAAUGAUGUCGAUGUUUCAGCUACAGGUAUUCAGAACUGGGGUGAAUAUGUCAAAGACGCUGCAAUUAUUGAUGUCUCUGACACUGAUGACAGUGACAUUGAAGAAUGACAGCUACAAGUACAUGUAGGACUAUCACAUAAAGUGGAUACUAUGUAUAACUUAACUAUCUUUCAUUUAAUUUAUACUUGUAUAUUUUCAAUAAUAGAAAAUAUUAUGUAAUAUCAUAGAACAUUGAAUGUAUUUAAAUCAUCUAGAAAUAUUGUAUUUAAAUCAUCUUUAAAUAUUCCUAUAAUUCCAGUACGUAUAGAUAUACAUGUACAUGUAUGCAUAUUUGAAGUAAAAGUUUAAAUGCAACUGUAAAUUCUUCAACGAAUUAUUUUGUUUAAGUUAAAUGUAUGUAUCAUAAAUUGUAAAAAAUAAUUUCUGAAAUCCCGCUAUGGUUGAUAUGUCAAAGAAAGGCAAACCCGAAAAUGAAUAUGAACAUGUAUUAUUACAAAAAAUGUUUAAUGUUUGUUUAUAAUUUGGUUAUUAGAUUAUUGUUAUAACUUGUACUAAAUGCAUUCUUGGUAAAUCAUAUUUUAUAGUUUUAUAAAUGUAUGUAAGUAACAAUUCACCACUGUAUCCGGAAAUCACCAUAUAUUUACUUUUAAAAGAUGAUAAGUGAAUAAAUAUUACCUUUGGUGGGAUUUACAUUUUUACUGCUUCCAUGUACAUGCGGUAUUUUAAAUGAGAAUAAAUUUUAAUUUGCAUGCAAUAUACACUAUUUUACUGAUCUUAAGAUUUAUUUAACUAUAGUUACAUUUAUAUUUACCAAGUUGGAGUAACGGAAAAGUUAUAUGCAUCCA